UCUCAACGUGUUGUGUAGUGCUCUGUUUAUUUCAGACAUUCACCUACCGUUCGAAUGAAAAAAUACUAAUGUUGUAACUGAUACGUAAAGUGUUUAAGUGUAGUGUUAUUUACGGAAUUAAGUAACAGAAAGAAAAUGUCACUUGUGUGAAGUUAUUUUCUAUUUACUCGCAUAAAGUUAUGCGGUGAAAGUGAGGUAAUCGAAAUGAAAGAACAUUAAUUACAGUUUUCUCUAAAGAUGCAAGGAAAAGUUCAAGGACCAAUUGAGGAUGUGGAUUUUGAAAAAGCUAUGGAAAUUGCAGGAUAUGGGAAAUUCAGUGCGUUUGUGAUUCUGGUGAGUGGACUGAGUCUAUGUGUCCCAAUGUUGGGUGCUAUGGACGUCUCCUACCUGCUACCUACAGCCCAAUGUGACCUGGACCUUAGCUCUGAGCGCAAGGGUCUCCUAGGAUCUGCCUACUUCAUAGGUAUAAUCGCAGCUUCACACCUCUCAGGUUUCCUAGCCGACACUCGGGGGAGAAGAUACAUCCUCGUGAGGGGAACUUCAUUAAAUGUGAUUGUUUACAUUUUCGGAUCUAUGGCUCCAAAUGUUUGGUUAUUUGUCCUCCUUAAAAUACUAUCUGGUGCACUGUGUGCCUCUGUCCUAACUGCUAUGCUGCCGCUCCUGGGAGAGCUCGUCCCCCGCAGGAGAAGUUCUCAAGCCGUGCUGGUGGCCAUGUCCUUCUCUUCUCUGUAUCUCCUGUAUUCUUCUUUGAUUGGGUGGCUGAUCCUAGGAGAUGAAUGGACGAUCAACCUUUACCUCCUAAACUUCACUCCUUGGAGGCUGUUCUACCUGUUGUGCUGCUUCCCCAGCCUCCUCUCCGCCACCCUCCUUCUUCUCAUUCCAGAGAGUCCCAGGUUUCUGCUAGCCAGUAACAACGAAGAUGCGCUAAAGGUUCUCAGGAAGAUAUACUCAUAUAAUACAGGAAACAUAGCUGAAUCCUACCCAGUGCAAUCAGUGACCAAGAACGCUGAUGAGGCCAGUUCUCCCGAGGGAGCAGCCGGGUUACUACGCCACAUCCUCGACCAGACACUGCCAUUGUUCAAAUCUCCUCACCUCAGGAAUACUAUUCUUUGCAAUAUGCUUUCAUUCAUUUUCUUUCUUUGUCACGACACGAUGCUACUUUGGCUGCCCGAGAUUACCAACCGUAUGGCCUACUAUGAUGACUCGUCUCAGCAACCGGCCUGUUUCUGUGAAAUGGUGGAGUCUGAAGUAGACUACAAGCCAAACACCAGUAUCAAUGUGAGCUGUCAAGAUGAUGUACAAGAUGAUGUGUUUAUCCCCAACAUCAUUCUUGGAGUUGCCCAUCCCACCGCUUUGCUGGCCGGUAGCUUCCUGGUCCGGCUGGUCGAUCGAAGACUGAGCAUGGCGAUAUUUAUGACUCUAUGCAGUUUGAUGAUCCUUCUUGUCACUCUGAUGCCGACUUCCCUGCCGAUCACCCUCUUACUGACGGGUUUCCCAAUCCUGAUGUCGGUGUGCAACAGUAUGACGUCCAGCAUCACCAUUGAGAUCUUUCCUGCGUGUAUUAGGGCCAUGGCAGUCGCUCUGAUGACCAUUUCUGGUAGGUUGGGCUCAGUCGCUGGCGCUCAUCUCUUCAGCCAGCUGAUAGAUUCCCACUGUCUACUUCUGUUCCACCUGUUAUCUCUUGCGCUUAUCUUUCUAGCAGCUCUGCCAUUCCGCUUCCACCUGAAGAAUUGAAGAUAAUCGUUGGUGAAAUUUAAUU